AUGUCGAAUAAGAUAGUUCUCCGGCAAGCGGCAUCCGCCCACCGGCGACAACCGUUACUUCAAGUCCAAUCUUCAAAAACAGGAAGCAGUUUCGGCGAAGUGGUCGGAGCGACGACGGCGGAGUGCGUCGCCGUUUGCUGCUGUUUUCCAUGCGGUUUAGCAAAUUUUCUUGUGUUAGCAAUUUACAAAGUUCCGACGGGUCUUUGCCGGAGAAUACUCCGGAAAAGACAGCGACGGCGUAUAAUAAAAGAAGGGUUGUUACCACCAAAACGGCGUAACUGUUCUUGUGGUUGUUGUGAAGAUGUUAACGGUCCUCGAAUUCAUCCAAUGUGUGCAAACGAUGAUUCUGAUAUAAAAAGAGUUUAUUCAUCGGAAAGUGUUGUUAAAGAUAAAGAUGCAAUUGCUCUUGAGAAAGAGAUGUGGGAGAGAUUUGACAGUGCUGGGUUUUGGAGAAGUUCAUCAAGAAGAGAAUCACAAUCUCAAUCAACACAAAUACUUCCUGCAAAUAUUCAACUUCAAUUGAUUCAAAUUCAACCACAACAAUCAUCGCAGGUUGCUGUUUGA